AGAGCUGCCCGUAGCCCACCUUCCCGCCAGCCUCGCUGCGAGGGCUUCCCGGCUUUGGCGUUCUCGCCCGCUGUCGGGCUCCGGCCCCAGAAUCUCUGCACCCAGCGUGGAGCUUGAACCCACGACCUGGAGAUCAAGAGUUGCACACUCUUCUGACUGAGCCUGCUAGCUGUCUCCUCCUAGACAUUACAAUGGUGGGUGAAGAGACGACAUCUCUCAGAAAACGGCCGUCAAGGUCCGGGGAAAAUUUUGAAGAAAAGGAAGAUGAGAGAAAGCCUUCAGAAGAGUCCCUAGGGAUAUCUAGUAAUGGUAGGAUUGACAUAAAACAGUUGAUGGCAAAGAAGCUACGGUUGACAGCAGAGGCAGAGGAAUUGAAGCCAUUUUUUAUGAAGGAAGUUGGCAGUCACUUUGAUGAUUUUGUGAACAAUCUCAUUGAGAAAUCAACAUCAUUAGACAGUGGUGGGUGUGCCAUCACAAGCUUUUCUGUUCUUGAAGGAGAUAAAAACCAUAGAGCUAAAGAUCUCAGAGCACCUCCAGAACAUGGAAAGAUUUUUGUUGUAAGGCGGUCUCUCUUAGACGAGCUGUUUGAGGUGGACCACAUCAGAACAAUAUAUCACAUGUUUAUUGCCCUGCUCAUUCUCUUUAUCCUCAGCACACUCGUAGUAGAUUACAUUGAUGAAGGAAGGCUGGUGCUUGAGUUCAAUCUCAUAUCUUACGCUUUUGGCAAAUUUCCUAUUGCCAUGUGGACGUGGUGGACCAUGUUCUUGAGUACACUUUCAAUUCCCUAUUUCCUCUUUCAACAUUGGGCCAGAGGCUACAGCCAGAGUUCUCAUCCAGUGGUCCAUUGUCUCAUCCAUGGCUUCCUUUUCAUGGGCUUCCUGAUAGGAGUUCUAGGUUUGGGACCAACAUAUGUUGCAUUAGCUUACACGCUCCCACCAGCUUCCCGGAGCAUUGUCAUACUUGAACAGAUUCGUUUCAUAAUGAAGGCCUAUUCAUUUGUCAGAGAGAAUGUGCCUCGGGUACUAAAUUCAGCUAAGGAGAAAUCAAAGACUGUUCCAGUACCCACAGUCAACCAGUAUCUGUACUUCCUGUUUGCUCCUACCCUCAUCUACCGUGACAACUAUCCCAGGACUCCCACUGUAAGAUGGGGUUAUGUCGCUAUGCAGUUUUUACAGGUUUUUGGUUGCCUUUUUUAUAUGUACUACAUCUUUGAAAGGCUCUGCACCCCCUUGUUUCGGAAUAUCAAACAGGAGCCCUUCAGCGCUCGCGUUCUGGUCCUAUGUGUAUUUAAUUCCAUCUUGCCAGGUGUGCUGAUACUGUUCCUUAUGUUUUUUGCCUUUUUGCACUGCUGGCUCAAUGCCUUUGCUGAGAUGUUAUGCUUCGGUGACAGGAUGUUUUAUAGGGAUUGGUGGAACUCUACAUCAUACUCUAACUAUUACAGGACCUGGAAUGUGGUAGUUCAUGACUGGCUGUAUUACUAUGCUUACAAGGACUUUCUUUGGUUUUUCACAAAGAGAUUCAAAUGGGCUGCCAUGUUAGCUGUCUUUGCUGUGUCUGCUGUAGUGCAUGAAUAUGCCUUGGCUGUUUGCUUGAACUUUUUCUAUCCAGUGCUUUUCGUGCUCUUCAUGUUCUUUGGAAUGGCUUUCAACUUCAUUGUCAAUGAUAGUCGGAAAAGGCCAUUUUGGAAUGUUAUGGUGUGGACUUCCCUUUUCGCGGGCAACGGAGUCAUCCUGUGCUUUUAUUCCCAAGAGUGGUAUGCACGUCAGCACUGUCCUCUGAAAAAUCCCACAUUUCUGGAUUAUAUCCGUCCGCGUUCCUGGACUUGUCGGUACGUGUUUUAGAAGCUUGGACUCCCGUUUCAUUCCCUGACACUGAAGAUGGGAUUUCUGCCUGAUUUGGGGCCAGCAUCUGUUUCCAGCUGUUACUGAAGUUAUCUGUGCUAUUUGGACCACUCCAGGCUUUACAGAUGGCUUACUCCAUUCCUAGGUCAGCUGAGAUGUUGGAAGUUUACUGGAAUCUUGUGUACUUGAAGCAGUACUUUUUUUUUUCCCCCCUACCUUUUUGGGAGAAGGGAGACUUAUAGCUGACAUAAUGACAGAUUUUUGCUGGCUUUUUGUUUUUUGACUCCAUUUAAACAUCAUGACUAAAUAUGUUUUCUUGGCCACUGAAUUAGCCAAAACACGAAGAAAUCAUUUAAAUAUUUUAGGCUUAGAAAUUUUUUCAUGCACACUGUUGGAAUGUAUGCUAAUUAACUGUGUACUUGGGAAAGAAAAAAUAAUGUGGAACAUCUUGCUGUUUUUAGUAGAGGGGAAAUAACUAGUUUCCAAAGAUAAUCUUGUUAUACAUCUUAGUUGUAUUUUUUUUUUUUUUUUUUUUGGAAAGAAGUACAGUUCUAUUCAGUUUUUGCCUUGUUUCUCUAUAAGGUGUAGGUCAUAAUUUCUGUGAAGCAAAAUUAUACCGUUCAUUUUGAAUUCCUGAGUUUACAUCCGAAAUAUUAUAAACUGAGGGGGACAGAAGUAGGAAGGGAAAAAGAAAGAAGUGACCCAGGACAAAGAAAAACGCUUCCUUGUACAGUUUCCAAAGCAAUUUUUAAAGACUUGCUGCAUCAAUCGUGUGUUUAAAUUAUUUUAUCAUGGAAUUUACGUGGAAGGUAACUGCUUUGUUUAAAUUUUAAGGUAAUAACUUUUUGGAAGUUAUUUAGAAGUACCCUUUGGUAUACUUAUUGUUUAAUAAAUACUGACUUGAAACAUUUUGCACACUAAUAAGUCUGUGACAUAUAAGUAUUAAUCACCUCCAUUAAUAUUAAAGUGAUUUUUAAAGAUCCAGAAGCUGGCUUCUGCAUUGCUCAAUUAUGGCAUUUUUAAUGGUAGUACGCUUUAGGUGAAACAAAUUAAUAUGUGAUCAUUUUGAAGGAAAGGUACUCUAUUAUGUGAUGUUUCCGUGUUAUAAGAUGCCCAUUGCUGAUAAAGUGUGGUGUGCAGGAAUUGUUUUGUUCGUACGUAUGAGGUGUGAUUAUGUUUGUAAAGACCAAGCACUGAACGGGAUACCCGCGACAAUGUAGUUGAAGUUUCCACUCAGUGAAGUGAGACCGAAGAAUCACCCAAAAGAGGAUUCUUACUUGGAGUAGCCACCUUGAGAAGUUAUCUUGCUGUUAUAACAGCCCUACUUCCAUCCAAAAAGUUUUGGGACAUCUUUUUGGAAUUGUUUUAAAGUCUGCUUGAGUCUCAUAAGAAGGUAAAUAGACUUUGUUAGUAAACACACCUGAAUUUGUACCGCAAGUAUCCAGCCUCAUUACCAAUUUUAUUCCAAUACCUUUGAUCCAUAUGAGUUCAGGCCAUUCCCAAACACCAAAUCCAGCUUUUUAACAGACAAAAGUGCAUGUGAAAGGAGGUUAUUUUUUAAAAAGUAACUCCCAUGUUCCCAAGCGGUAAUUGUCUAUACAGUGGUCUGGUAAUUGUAAUGGAGCCAUAACCUCCACGGAUUGCUUUAAUAUAGCUUGUACUUUCUGGCAUUUUUAUUAAAAAUUAAAAUGAGUCAAUCACUUGAGUUGAUAACUCUGUUUUUAAUAUGACGAGGGAGUUAAGAAAACCAGAUUGAUCUAAGACUUAUUUAUGCAUAAGUCAUCUACUUAAGGAGUGCUAGGUCUCUGAGACCAUGGAAUUCUUAGAUCUGUAUUUCUGUUAAGUGCUGUGGAUGUUACACUCUCAUUGAUGAGGACUUUGUUGCUUUGUACUGAUUCUGAAUACUGUAUUUGUUGGACUGACCAGUGCUGUUUUUUUUUAAGCUCUCCUCUUCCUUUUAUUGGUGAUUUUGUUUUUCUGCCCAAAGACUUGGAUGUGACAACGAAUAAUAUGCUUAAAACUAAAGACUCUAGAAUGAUAAGAAUGCUCUAAGAAAUUUUCACAAACACAUAAAAAAUAGCUGCUUUCUGUGAGAGAAACUAGUUUGGUAGCUGUGGCCUUCCUGCUAGCUGCUUUCAGCAAAAGUCUUUUUCUUUAAAUCACUACUGUGGUGCCUGGGUGGCUCAGUCAGUUGAGUGUCUGGCUCUUGAUUUCGGCUCAUGUCAUGAUCCCACAGUUUGUGAGAUCGAGCCCCGCGUGGGGCUCUGCACUGACAGCACGGAGCCUGCUUCAGAUUCUCUCUCCCUCUCUCUCUCUCUCUGCCCCUGGCUCCCACUCGUGUGUGCACUCUCUUGCUGUGUCGCUGUCUCUCAAAAUGAAUAAGUAAAUGUUAAAAAAACAAAACAAAACACUACUUACACUCCUAAAUAAAUUAAAACCUCUAUAUGUUUUAGGAUGGUUUAUUGAUUUUUCCUCUUGCUAAUAGGGGUCAAAGUUAGUUACAGGACAAUACUUUUUUCCUUAUGAACAGGAAAGAGUUUCAAAUUUUGUUCCUGUAAGAAGUAUUUUAAGUUUGUUUAUUUACUUUGAGAGAGCAGAGAGGGUGUGUGCAUGCAUGAGUUGGGGAGGGGCAGAGGGAGAGGGAGAGAGAAUCCCAAGCAGGCUCUGCCCUGUCAGCGUGCAGCCCAAUACAAGGCUCAAUGUCUGGAGGGGGUUUGAUCUCACAAACUGAGGUCAUGACCUGGGCUGAAAUAAUCGAGUCUGAUGCUAAACCUGCUGAGGCCCCCCAGGCGCCGCUCCUCUUCCUGUGAGAAGUAUUAAUGAUAGCAGCCAUUUUUGUGUUUUUUUCCCAAAACAACAGCUAAAUCUCAACCUUUGUCAUAUAUCUGUUAGAUGCUUUCAUUUUCAGUUCUGGAUAGUGAAGGAAAAUGGGUUUUGUUUGUUUUUGGUGGAUUAAUCUCCUGCAAUUGCCUAAAUAAAGUUGCUUGCUUUAUGUUAGAAUUUAAUCAGAACAUUGAGGCUGCUUGUGACCUUUCAGUAACUACUAUUUUUAUUUGUUUGAUAGUGGACUUUACUGGGAAAAAUUAGCGUAAAAAACAUUCAAAUGCAUAAAAUUUAAAGAAGACCAUAAAAUUAUACCUUUUAGCUAUGGUAGUCAUAAUAGCAAUCACAAAUAAGAUAAACCCUAAAUUAUUGCCUAAGCAGACGCUAUUUUGUCAGGCUUCUAUUGCAAAGCCCGAGGCAGGAAAUACUGUAGUUAUUAGAGGUGAGCCCCAAUGAUGAAUUUGCAUUUGAAGCUGAAGAAAGGGGAAAAAAACCCAACAUGACAGUAACUGCUUUUUGCUUUUGGAAGCAUAAGGAGUGGGGAAAAUGUUGUUUUCCUUUUAGUUGUAGGGUAAAAUAGGUGACAUUGGCAGGUUAAUAAGGUGUAGGAUGUAAAUACUCUGUAAUUGCAAACACAUUAUGUUGCACAAGUAAUUCAUUUAGGAUAGGCAGUUUUCAUUGAAUUUUAAAAUUCCACUUGCCUGAAAAAUGGAAUCCUGAAGUCUUUGUAGAAAGCCUAACAGGGGCGCCUGGGUGGCUCAGUCGGUUAAGCGUCCGACUUCAGCUCAGGUCACUAUCUCGCGGUCCGUGAGUUCGAGCCCCGCGUCAGGCUCUGGGCUGAUGGCUCAGAGCCUGGAGCCUGCUUCCGAUUCUGUGUCUCCCUCUCUCUCUGCCCCUCCCCCGUUCAUGCUCUGUCUCUCUCUGUCUCAAAAAUAAAUAAACGUUAAAAAAAAAAAUUAAAAAAAAAAAGAAAGCCUAACAGAACAGUGUGUAUUUAAAGAUUGGUCAUGUGGGCCAUGUAGCCUAAAAAGAUAUAAUUUAUGACUCGUUGAGGCCCUUUAUGCAAAAAGAUAGGUUUGCUUUGUGUGGCCACAGGUAAUUUUGCGUAAAGUUUAUUGUUUUGUAUGGCGAAAAAUAACGAAGAUAAACUACUACAACUGUGGUAACCAGAGGCCUGAUGUAGCAUUUGUUUUAAUUAUGGAACCAUUAAAAAAAGUAAAUUGUUACACAUAAGCCCAGCAUGCAAAACAGAUAAAAUAUAGCUGCUUCUGGUUGAGAUUGGGAUGGCUGGCUGGAGCCGUGUUCUUUGGUACACCUGUUCUCUCCUACCCAAAAUACCCAGUCAGAGCAUCACAGGCGCAGCAAAAAAGCGUGCACAGGCAUUUGAUGCAGACAACCCCAUGCUUACUAGCGGCAUGACAGUGGGCACAGUUGCUUCAUUUAUCAGAGCCACAGUUUUCCUCAUCUAUAAAAUGGGGGUGAUAACUACCUCAUAGGUUUGUUGCAGAGCACUAGUUCUGGCCAAAAAAGGGCCUCGUUAUCCUCUUACCCUCCGUAAAGUCUAAAUCUGAAUCCUUAUUAUCUUGUUGGAAUCUUUUAAAAAUGUGAAUGUUUCAAAUGAUGCACACUCCCGAGAAUAUGUGCUCUCAAACAGACUCGAGAUGAUGUCAGUCCCCAUCAUACCUUGACUGAUUUAUAAGCUCUCCCAAAAUGGAACCGACAAGAAUUGAACAAGAUUGAGUGGCACUCAUGUUUCCGCCUCCAAAAUUACUUUCAUCUUUAUCUUGUUUAGCAUAGGGGUAAGCUGCUAAAAAGAAAAGUAUGUCCGCUUUUACCUAGGUAUUUAAGUCAAGUGUUAGAACUAAUGUGUAUAUUUUAUAGUUAAAUUUUAGAAUUUAUGGAGAGGAAGGCAAUUAAUGAGGCCUUACUUUUGCCAGUGUAAAGAAUGCUUAUCGUCUUGGAAGGCAAAAUUCUUAAUGGAAGACAUAGUUCAUACUUUUGUUAAUAAUGUGUAACGGGCUUGCUUACUAAUCUUGUGCAAAACUUUGUGACUUAUGUAGUUUAUAUAAGACAGUUUAUAUAUGUAUGCGUAUAUACUAUCCGAGAAAGGCCUUAGACAUUGCUUUACAUAUCUUAUCUCCAGGCUUUACGUUUAUGGCUCAGAAACCGAAGAAACUGGGACAUAAACGUUUUGAGGAAUAAAAUGAGUAUUAUUAGUAAAGCUUACAUAAGCAUUUGAGUAGUUUCUAGCAUCACUAAAGUUUCUAUCCGGUAUAUCAGGGAAUAGAAUGUGGGAACCCAGUUUAUGAAGGAGGUAAAACACGGCUUCAACUCUGGUUGAAAUAGGGAGAAUAAAGGCCUUCCGGCUUGCCACCCCCCAAUGAUCUUCUCACCAUAACUUAAUGCUCUGUUUGAACAUCAAGAAUGAUAAAAUCGAUCGGCUUUACAUUAGUAGGAAUGCUGUACAAUCUAUAUAAUCUACAAAGUUCUUAAUAAAGUUUCCAUUUUUU